GUGAGGGGCGGUGGGAGCGGGACGGGAAAGCGGCCGGUGACAGUAGAGCCCUGAGCAUGCGGGGCUGGAUCCCGGGAUUCUGUGGAACCCUGAGGAUGCGGGACCAGAUCCCGGCCGUGGUCGGCCUGGUCCUGGCCUUGACAUCGCUGCUGCCCACGGCCGGAGCGCGCCGGAGCCAGGAUCUGCACUGCGGAGCCUGCCGCGCACUGGUGGACGAGCUGGAGUGGGAGAUCGCCCAGGUGGAUCCCAGAAAAACCAUCCAGAUGGGCUCGUUCCGCAUCAACCCUGACGGCAGCCAGUCGGUGGUGGAGGUGCCAUAUGCGCGGUCAGAGGCGCACCUGACGGAGCUGCUGGAGCGGGUGUGUGAGAAGAUGAAGGAGUACGGUGAGAAGGUGGAUCCGGCCACGCACCGCAAGAGCUACGUCCGGGUCAUCUCCCACGACGGCACCAAGAUGGAUCUUUCCGGUGUCAAAUUUGACGGGGAUGUGACCUCCAGCCUGAAAUUUGCGUGCGAGAGCAUCGCUGAGGAAUACGAGGAUGAGCUCAUUGAGUUUCUCUCACACGAGGCUGAGAACGUCAAGGACCGGCUCUGCAGUAAAAGGACGGACCUGUGUGACCACGCGCUCCACAUCCCACACGAUGAGCUGUGACUGCCUCUGGAGCAGGGACUGGGACAGCACCGGGACCCACCAGGAUGUCCCCGGGACAGAUGGAUCUGCCGGGACCUCCGCGGCUCCCAAGCUGCUGCCUCACCCCAUGAGGAGCUCCUGUCCUAUUUAUUCCCUGUCCGAGGGAACCGGGACAGCCACGGAGCCAGGGCCACAUCCUCACUCCUGCCAGGACAUUUCAGGGACAUUCCUGCCCCACUGCUGGGGGACACGAGGGAGACACUGGGGCUCAGCCCCCCGGGGGGGAGAGGUUUGGGGACUCCCCUCCCUGCUGCAGGCAAUAAAGGGGCCGUGGGCCCA